CAUGCAGCAGCAACAUCAUAUUUCUGAUUGAGAACGAAGAUGACGCUGAACCACAGCAAAACCUGGCCGGUCAGCACGCUGGCCGUGGUCCAGCUAAGAGUGGAUCCCAAUGGUAGGACGUACAGCACGCAACUGGAGCCGGAAAACAAUCCCAUGCUCGAACCACAACAAAACCACGAAAUUCAAGAUGAAUCAGUACUCCCUCUGUGUCAUCGCAACGUGGAGAUGUUCACCAGGUCACAAAGAUGCAAGCAGUCUGCAAUUAGGACGGACACGAUUUCCACAGUCUUAGAUCACGAUCUUGAAGAUUUGGACGCAGAACCAACUGACAGAUUGCACGUGGUGGCUUUGGGACGUAUCGAUGAGGUCUCUAAUGGUGAACAGGAGACACGCAGACCCAGCAUCAAGGUGGACAAUUGGGAUCUGAUCUAUACUGAAAGAGAUUCGAGGAACAGGAAGAAGCUAUGCCCCGCGUGCACCGAGCUAGCAAGGAAACCAAUGAAACCCGCAACCUCUGAUCUUCUCCUGCCACCGGAUCUUCCCCUGGACGCCCGCAAGGCCACAACGCUUCGAAGGCAUUACUACCCGGAGGGCGGAUGGGGCUGGAUCAUAAUUGCCUGCACGAUCCUCGUGCACAUCCUGAACGUCGGUCUGCAGAUGUCCUGUUCCCAGCUGAUCACACCGGCUGCAGACAAGUUCAAAACUUCGCCCGUCCACAUUGCAGGUAAACGAAAAUCGCCGUGA